UUUUAAACGCCCCAAGGACAAGACAAAAUGUAGGGUUCAUUUAGUUGGCAUCGCCGGACUGAUCCAUUACGCAGAGGAGAGGGAAGAGUGAGGCACGGGGAGAGAGUGUAAGCGAUGGCGUCCGAAACCCUUAUUUUCCGUUCGAAAACACUGAUUCCGGGAGCUGCUUACCGCCCCGCUAAUCCUCUGGUCUCAUCUAACAACGGGACCAUCACUCUCCGGUUCAGGAGCUGCAACAGAGAGGGGAAAAUGGGACGGGUGUUUGUCUGCUCUUCGGUUUCUCUCUUUCCAGACGUCCCCGUCUCAGGGAAAAGGCCAUGGAAGGUGGCGGAUGCUAGGCUGGUGCUUGAAGAUGGUUCUGUCUGGAGCGCCAAGUCUUUUGGCGCGUCCGGGACACAACUUGGUGAAGUGGUGUUCAAUACAUCUCUAACGGGAUACCAGGAAAUUCUUACGGACCCAAGUUACGCUGGUCAGUUUGUGUUGAUGACUAAUCCUCACAUAGGCAAUACUGGUGUCAACAUAUUUGAUGAAGAAUCUAGACAGUGCUUUCUUGCUGGCUUAGUUAUCAGAAACCUUAGUAUUUGCACCUCAAACUGGCGGUGUACGGAAUCCCUUGAAGAGUACCUAAUUAGAAAGAAUAUCAUGGGAAUAUAUGAUGUGGAUACACGUGCAAUCACACGCCGACUAAGGCAAGAUGGAAGUCUUAAGGGAGUGAUCAGCACAGAAGAAUCUAAAACAGAUAAGGAAUUAUUGGAGAUGACUCAUAAAUGGAAUAUUGUUGGAGUCGAUUUGAUAACUGGUGUCACCUGUGAUGCUCCAUAUGAAUGGGUUGAGAAGACCGAUGCAGAAUGGGAGUUCAGCAAAGAUCCGAGCUACUCCGAGAAAUUUCAUGUUGUUGCUUAUGAUUUUGGGAUCAAAUACAAUAUUUUGAGGCGUUUGGCAUCAUGUGGAUGUAAGAUUACUGUUGUCCCCUCCAAAUGGCCAGCUUCUGAGACGCUUAAAAUGAAGCCAGAUGGAGUCCUCUUCAGCAAUGGGCCAGGUGAUCCAUCAGCUGUUCCCUAUGCUGUUGAAACAGUAAAAGAGAUAAUUGGCAAGAUUCCUGUCUUUGGGAUAUGCAUGGGUCACCAACUGCUUGGUCAGGCGCUUGGUGGAAAAACAUUUAAAAUGAAAUUUGGUCACCAUGGGGGAAACCAUCCAGUUCGUGACCUUCGAAGCGGCCGGGUUGAUAUUAGCGCUCAGAACCAUAACUACGCAGUUGAUCCUGAGUCUCUUCCGGAAGGUGUGGAGGUGACCCACGUCAAUUUGAAUGAUGGAAGCUGUGCUGGUCUCGCCUUCCCUGGACAAAAGGUUAUGUCCCUUCAAUACCAUCCAGAGGCUUCUCCUGGCCCCCAUGAUUCUGAUUCGACUUUCAGGGAGUUCGUAGAAUUGAUGAAGCGAAACAAGUCCAUGGUAUAAGAUGUGCCGGAGCAUCAGUUUUACGGUAUUAUACAGCCUUGUGGUACGAAAGCUCAAGGGGGAGUUGUGUCAUCGUCAAGUUAACAUGAUGCUCUGCUGCACGGAAGUUACUUGAUUGCGUCGGUCCUUUUCUUUUGUUGUAAAUCAAUGAGUUUGGUGCGUAUACAGUUUCUUAUAUAAAUAACAGCCUUGCUAUAAGGUGAGGCCUUACCUUCCCUGCAACCCUGUCCUUUCUUCAUUUUGCAGUUCAAAUUGUUUUCCUUGUGUUA